UCUGGGGUCAGUGGGUCUGUCCCCGCCGGGCAUCCCGCGCGCUGCGCCGUGGUAGCGGGCGACCCCCGCCGGCCGGCCCGCGUGGGCUGCGGAGGAGGGCGGAGCGCAGCCCUCCGCUCACUCGGGAAGGGGAAGCACACACCUCCCGGAGGCCAGGCGCGUGCGGCGACGGGGCUGAGUUUUGAGUUUCUUAUUUCUAUGGAUCACUGAUUGAGUAAAAGAUGGCUUUACCUCGGCUCACAGGAGCUUUGCGCUCCUUUUCAAAUGUCACCAAGCAAGAUAAUUAUAAUGAAGAAGUAGCUGACUUAAAGCUGAAGCGAUCAAAACUUCAUGAACAAGUUUUAGAUUUGGGCCUCACAUGGAAGAAGAUAGUCAAAUUUUUGAAUGAAAAACUAGAGAAGAAUAAAAUGCAAAGUAUAAAUGAAGACUUAAAAGAUAUACUGCAAGCUGCAAAACAAAUCGUUGGAGCAGAUAUUGGGAGAGAAGAAAUUGAAAGUGGAGCUGCAUUUCUCUUUAUGACAUUUCAUUUGACGGACUCUGUUGGUCACGUGGAGACAAAAGCCAUCAGACAGAUGUUUGGUCCCUUUCCAUUGUCAUCUGCUACUACAGCUUGUAAUGCCACUAAUCGAAUUAUUUCUCAUUUUAGUCAAGAUGAUAUGACUGCUCUUGUCCAGAUGGCAGAAAACCAGUGUAAUGAUAAAGUGUUUUUUGGUAAAAACUUAGCAUUUUCCUUUGAUAUGCAUGAUCUGGACCACUUUGAUGAAUUGCCAGUAAAUGGCGAAGCCCAGAAAACUAUAAGCUUAGACUACAAGAAGUUCUUGAAUGAACAUUUUCAGGAGCACUACACCCCAGAACUCAAACCCGUAGAAAAGACAAAUGGUACCUUUUUGUGGUGUGAAGUUGAGAAGUACUUAAAUGCAACCUCAAAGGAAAUGACUGAAGCACCAAGAAUUGAAGAUCUCUGCUGUACCUUGUAUGACAUGCUUGCUUCUGUUAAAAGUGGUGAUGAACUUCAAGAUGAGCUUUUUGAGUUGCUGGGACCUGAAGGACUCGAUCUGAUUGAGAAGCUUCUCCAGAACAGAAUUACAAUUGUAGAUCGAUUUCUUAAUUCUUCAAAUGAUCAUAAGUUUCAGGUUCUUCAAGAUAGUUGUAAAAAACUUUUAGGUGACAAUGCCAAGCCUAAUUAUGGAUGUCAAGUCACUAUUCAGUCUGAACAAGAAAAACAGUUAAUGAAACUGUAUCGCCGUGAAGAAAAAAGGAUUUCCAGACAAAAAAAGACUGGAGAAGAUGGGGAAGUUUCUGGAGAAGGACUUUUGUCCUUUGAUCCUAAGGAACUCCGGAUACACAGAGAACAGGCACUUCUGAAUGCUAGAAGUGCUCCAAUUCUGGGCAGGCAGAGAGACAUGGAAGCUGAAAAAGUCCAUUAUCCCCAUGUUUAUGAUUCCCAGGCUAAGGCCCGAGAAACAUCAGCAUUCAUUGCUGGUGCCAAGAUGAUUUUACCAGAAGGAAUUCAAAGAGAGAAUACCAAGCUGUAUGAAGAAGUACGGAUCCCUUAUAGUGAGCCAAUGCCAGUUGGCUUUGAGGAAAAGCCAGUUUAUAUCCAAGACUUAGAUGAGAUUGGACAGUUGGCUUUUAAAGGAAUGAAGAGACUCAAUAGAAUCCAGUCCAUAGUGUUUGAGACUGCUUACAACACCAAUGAGAACAUGCUGAUUUGUGCCCCUACCGGAGCUGGGAAGACCAAUAUUGCGAUGCUUACGGUUUUACAUGAAAUCCGGCAACACUUUCAAAAAGGUGUUAUUAAAAAGAAUGAGUUUAAGAUUGUGUAUGUUGCUCCAAUGAAAGCCUUGGCAGCUGAAAUGACAAAUUACUUCAGCAAACGUCUUGAGCCACUCGGCAUCGUUGUGAAAGAACUGACUGGAGAUAUGCAGUUAUCAAAAAGUGAAAUUUUAAAAACUCAGAUGCUUGUGACCACACCAGAAAAAUGGGAUGUAGUAACAAGGAAGAGUGUCGGAGAUGUUGCUCUUUCUCAAAUUGUGAAACUCCUGAUUCUUGAUGAAGUUCACUUGCUGCAUGAAGACCGGGGCCCAGUGCUAGAAAGCAUAGUUGCGAGGACCUUAAGGCAGGUUGAAUCCACACAGAGUAUGAUAAGAAUUCUUGGACUGUCUGCAACCUUACCCAACUACCUCGAUGUUGCUACAUUUUUGCAUGUUAACCCCUACAUUGGACUUUUUUACUUCGAUGGCCGUUUUCGACCCGUACCUCUUGGACAGACAUUUUUAGGUAUUAAAAGUGCAAAUAAGAUGCAACAGUUGAAUAACAUGGAUGAAGUAUGCUAUGAAAGUGUUUGGAAACAAGUAAAGGCUGGACACCAGGUCAUGGUAUUUGUACAUGCUCGCAAUGCUACUGUUCGGACAGCUAUGUCUCUAAUAGAAAGAGCAAAAAAUAGUGGCCAGAUUUCCUACUUUCUGCCUACCCAAGGACCAGAGUAUGGACAUGCAUUAAAACAGGUGCAAAAGUCAAGAAAUAAGCAAGUGCGAGAAUUAUUCUUGGAUGGCUUUAGCAUUCACCAUGCAGGAAUGCUUCGGCAAGACAGGAAUUUGGUUGAAAACUUGUUUUCAAAUGGGCAUAUCAAAGUCCUAAUCUGUACAGCCACAUUAGCCUGGGGUGUCAAUCUUCCUGCACAUGCUGUUAUUAUUAAGGGAACACAAAUAUAUGCUGCCAAAAGAGGCUCCUUUGUUGACCUUGGAAUUUUAGAUGUCAUGCAGAUAUUUGGCCGAGCUGGACGACCACAAUUUGACAAAUUUGGGGAAGGAAUCAUUAUAACGACACAUGAUAAACUCAGCCAUUACCUCAGUUUACUCACUCAACAAAACCCAAUUGAGAGUCAGUUUCUGGAAAGCCUUGCAGAUAACCUAAAUGCUGAGAUUGCUCUGGGAACAGUUACCAAUGUGGAAGAAGCAGUGAAGUGGAUAAGUUACACUUACCUUUAUGUGCGGAUGAGAGCAAAUCCAUUAGCUUAUGGCAUCAGUCAUAAAGCAUACCAGAUUGACCCGACAUUAAGAAAACAUCGAGAACAGCUAGUCAUUGAAGUUGGACAAAAGCUGGAUAAAGCUAAGAUGAUCCGUUUCGAAGAGCGAACUGGUUAUUUUUCCUCCACUGAUUUGGGUAGAACUGCCAGCCACUACUAUAUUAAAUACAACACCAUCGAGACAUUUAAUGAACUUUUUGAUGCACACAAAACAGAAGGUGAUAUCUUUGCUAUUGUCUCCAAAGCUGAAGAAUUUGAUCAAAUUAAGGUCAGAGAAGAGGAAGUAGAGGAGCUAGACGCCUUGUUAAACAAUUUCUGUGAACUCUCAGCUCCUGGAGGUGUGGAAAAUAGUUAUGGGAAAAUAAACAUCUUGCUUCAGACCUACAUUAGCCGAGGAGAGAUGGACAGUUUCUCCCUCAUAUCAGAUUCUGCCUACGUUGCCCAGAAUGCGGCUAGAAUUGUCCGUGCUCUCUUUGAAAUUGCACUGAGGAAACGUUGGCCUGCUAUGACCUACAAGCUUCUGAACCUGAGUAAAGUCAUCGACAAGAGACUCUGGGGUUGGGCUAGCCCAUUGAGGCAGUUCUCUGUGCUACCACCACACAUUCUGACAAGAUUAGAAGAAAAAAAACUUACUGUGGAUAAGCUCAAAGACAUGAGAAAGGAUGAAAUAGGUCACAUUUUGCAUCAUGUGAAUAUUGGACUGAAGGUUAAACAGUGUGUUCAUCAGAUUCCUUCUGUUACGAUGGAAGCUUCCAUUCAGCCCAUCACGCGGACUGUCCUUCGAGUUUCUCUGAAUAUCCACCCGGAUUUCUCUUGGAAUGAUCAGGUCCAUGGGACAGUUGGGGAACCCUGGUGGAUUUGGGUAGAAGAUCCUACAAAUGACCAUAUUUAUCAUUCAGAGUACUUUUUAGCUCUUAAAAAACAGGUUAUUAAUAAAGAACCUCAACUUCUGGUAUUUACAAUCCCUAUUUUUGAGCCGUUGCCCUCUCAGUACUACAUUCGAGCAGUAUCUGAUAGAUGGCUAGGAGCUGAGGCCGUUUGCAUUAUCAACUUUCAACAUCUGAUUCUACCAGAGAGACAUCCUCCUCAUACAGAAUUGUUGGACCUUCAGCCUUUACCAAUCACAGCUUUGGGGUGCAAAGCAUAUGAAGCUCUAUAUAAUUUCAGCCACUUCAACCCAGUCCAGACACAGAUAUUCCACACCCUGUAUCACACGGACUGUAAUGUCCUGCUUGGAGCUCCCACUGGAUCAGGAAAGACGGUUGCAGCUGAACUAGCCAUUUUCAGAGUCUUCAACAAGUAUCCCACUUCAAAGGCAGUGUAUAUUGCACCCCUAAAAGCUCUAGUACGGGAAAGGAUGGAUGAUUGGAAAAUUAGAAUAGAAGAAAAACUUGGUAAAAAAGUUAUUGAAUUGACAGGGGAUGUGACUCCAGACAUGAAAUCCAUUGCUCAGGCUGACCUUAUUGUCACUACACCAGAAAAGUGGGAUGGAGUCAGUCGAAGCUGGCAGAACAGGAACUACGUUCAGCAGGUUACCAUCCUCAUCAUAGAUGAGAUCCAUCUGCUUGGGGAAGAGAGAGGUCCAGUGCUAGAAGUUAUUGUAUCUCGAACAAACUUUAUCUCAUCACACACAGAGAAGCCUGUUAGAAUAGUCGGAUUGUCCACUGCACUAGCUAAUGCCAGAGACCUUGCUGACUGGCUCAACAUUAAGCAGAUGGGUUUGUUCAAUUUCCGACCAUCAGUUCGCCCAGUUCCUCUGGAAGUCCACAUUCAAGGUUUCCCAGGUCAGCAUUACUGCCCACGCAUGGCUAGUAUGAACAAGCCUGCAUUUCAGGCAAUUAGAAGUCAUUCUCCAGCCAAGCCUGUUUUGAUAUUUGUCUCAUCAAGACGUCAAACUCGACUUACUGCUUUAGAGUUGAUAGCUUUUCUGGCUACUGAAGAGGACCCAAAACAGUGGUUGAAUAUGGAUGAACAAGAGAUGGAGAACAUCAUUGGGACAAUACGAGAUUCCAACCUGAAGCUGACUCUAGCUUUUGGGAUAGGAAUGCAUCAUGCUGGGCUACAUGAAAGAGACCGAAAAACUGUAGAAGAGCUGUUUGUGAACUGUAAAGUCCAGGUUCUUAUUGCUACAAGCACAUUAGCAUGGGGUGUAAACUUUCCAGCGCACUUAGUAAUUAUUAAAGGAACUGAAUAUUAUGAUGGAAAAACAAGACGUUAUGUGGAUUUUCCCAUUACAGAUGUGCUGCAGAUGAUGGGGAGAGCUGGGAGACCUCAGUUCGAUGACCAGGGCAAAGCUGUAAUUCUUGUUCAUGAUAUAAAAAAAGACUUUUAUAAAAAAUUUCUUUAUGAACCUUUCCCAGUUGAAUCAAGCUUAUUAGGAGUGCUUUCUGACCACUUAAAAGCAGAGAUUGCUGGAGGUACAAUAACAUCUAAGCAAGAUGCAAUGGAUUAUAUCACAUGGACUUACUUUUUCCGGCGUCUUAUGAUGAACCCUAGUUACUACAGCUUGGAUGAUGUCAGCCACGACUCCAUGAACAAGUUCCUGUCACAUCUGAUUGAGAAGUCUCUGGUUGAGUUGGAGCUUUCCCACUGCAUUGAAGUUGGAGAGGAUAACCGCAGCAUUGAGCCACUAGAAUGUGGUCGAAUUGCCUCCUAUUACUAUUUGAAGCACAAAACAGUCAAAAUGUUCAAGGACCGUUUGAAACCUGAGUGCAGCGUUGAAGAACUGCUUUCAAUUCUAAGUCAUGUGCAGCAAACAUUCUGCACUCUUUUUGGGCCACCGACCCUGUGUCCAGCCCCACUGUUUGGCCAGGGCGCACCUACCGACUCCACCAUUGUACCGUCAGAAUGGCACACACUGCUUCUUCAAAGUGACAUCUUUCAGAUACUUGGUGGCUUUUCGGAUAUGCAUACCCUUGAUGGCCUGGGCCGUUUCACGGGUGUUCUUAAAGUGAACCCGAAGUUCCUGCUUUUUGUUGUCGUUGUUGUUAAGGCUAACAUGAUUUUCCUUAUCCAGGCCAUGUUGGAUGUGGCUGCAAGCCAGGGCUGGCUGGUGACUGUCCUGAAUAUCACCCACCUGGUUCAAAUGGUGAUACAAGGCCGGUGGCUAAAGGAUUCUUCUCUUCUUACAAUACCAAACAUAGAACAGCACCAUCUUCACCUUUUCAGGAAAUGGAAACCACCAGUAAAGGGCCCACAUGCUAGGCCAACAUCCAUCGAAUGCCUUCCUGAGCUGAUCCAUGCCUGUGAAGGGAAAGACCAUAUAUUCAGUUCCAUGGUGGAGAACGAAUUACAGUCAGCCAAAACAAAGCAGGCAUGGAAUUUCUUAUCUCGCUUGCCAGUGAUGAAUGUUGGCAUAAGUGUUAAAGGCUCAUGGGAUGGCUCAGUUGAAGGACAUAAAGAACUCUCCAUUUCAACUCUGACAGCAGACAAGCGAGAUGACAACAAGUGGAUCAUGUUGCAUGCUAAUCAGCAGUAUGUGCUUCAAGUCAGCCUGCAGAGAGUCCAUUUUGGGUUCCACAAGGGAAGACAUGAGAGUUAUGCAGUUACUCCUCGAUUUCCCAAAGUAAAAGAUGAAGGAUGGUUUUUGAUAUUAGGAGAGGUGGAUAAGAGAGAGAUGAUUGCUUCAAAACGAGUAGGAUUUGUUCGAACUCAUCAUGAUGCCUCGCUCUCUUUCUUUACUCCUGAAACACCUGGAAGAUACAUCUUCACCCUAUAUCUCAUGAGUGACUGUUACCUCGGCCUAGACCAGCAGUAUGACAUUUAUCUCAAUGUGACAAAAGCAAACCUUUCGACACAGGUCAGCACAGAGAUCUCCGAUGCCUUCACUGACUUGGCAGUAUAGUAACCUGACCCAAGGCCACUUGAAAGAAGUGACUGAGAGUCUUGGCUGUUCAGUCAUGUGGACAAGAUGAAUUACUUGGUGUCUACCUUGGCAGAAUCAACUUCUAACCUCAAAACAUCUAGGAGAUUGACAGUGGCUGCCAUGGUGAUUUCCAGCAACAUUAGCCACAGAGGCCUUUUAGAAAGUGCUGCUUUUUGUAACGGCUUCAUGGGUUUCUUUAAUGUAAGAUAAGUAAACAUGUAACAUGAUUUUUAAGUUGUAUAUGUUGGAGGUGACAGAUAUGAGUUAUCCUACUUUGCAUCUCAAGUGUACUGUUUACAUGAAUGCCAUCUACUCCUUUUUCUAUUGGGAAUUCCAUCAAGACAUAACAGGUUAGGAGUUUAAGCAAUAUAAAACAUGUAAAUCUGUGAGGUAAUCCAAGCUGGGUAUUAUCAGCAAAAUUUAUGCUUUGGUCUGAUCACAUGUAGAAAUAGUUUCACAGAUUUCUUUUUAAAGAUAAUAAUAUAUGAUAUAAAAUUGUAUUGCAGAGAUCAGUGGUGAUUUCUUAAAGAACAUACAUUGAUUUCAGAGAAUGUAAACACUGUAACUGGUGAAAAUAAAAUAUAUAGAGUGCUCCUUCCAGAAAACCCAGUCUGGUUUUUUCUUGUUACCUU